AUGUGUGAUGUUUGCUCGGAGUUUUCGCAGCUUUUAGUGAAUUGUGAAGCACGGCUUACAGACGAUGUGUUCCAGUACCCCACUAUAAGUCAAUCGGAAUUGGAAACAGUGCUCAACUACAUCCUCUCGUGGCCACAAAGGCAAUGUAUGUGUUGUUACCGAGAUGCAAAGAACUUCGAAAGGUUCUACUUGGUGGUGCAAAGUAUCCUUUGCUUAUCAGUUUGUCAACUAAAGCAACUUAAAGAUGACCUCAUAGACGCUGCUAAGUUGCACUCUGAGAUUACGCAGGAGAAACCAUUAACACCUGAGUCCUGUCCAACUGAAGAUGAAGAAAAAAGUGAACAAAAAGAACUCACGGAACCUGAAGUUUUUGAGUCCAAACUGUCAGAACCAACAAAAGAUGAAUCGCCAAGCAAAGAUAAACCUUCAUCAUCAAAAGAAGAUGUGGAAGUAUGGUCCAUGCAGCAGAAAGAAAAACUAAUGCACAUAGUUUCCAAAAUAUUCCUCCUAAACUUUCCUCUUUACAUGGCUUGCAAACACUCUUCAUUGAGUCGAUUAGAUGAUCUCUCAGCCCAAGAAAUAUCAAACCUUAGCUCCUAUUGCGACUUACAUGAUACAGAGAUACCUGCAUACUUGCUUCGAAAUGUUAGUUUGUUCUGCAAACUUGGUGGAGUCUGUGCUAUGACAUCUGUCUUUGAGAAUGCUAUACCAGGCACUCUUCCAUUAUCAAUGGCCCAUGCAAUAGUGGCAGCUGUAGGAAAUCUUAAGCUCUGGUUGAACUUUAGAGCCGUGGCACAACUGUUCAUGCCUUUACGAAGCAAAAUUUUAAAGUACAUGUGCAGCUUGGAAGAUAAAGACUUGAGAGUACCAGCUGUUAAAAGUAUGGCAGAUUUCAUGUGGGGUGCAGCUAAAGAGCCUCUAGACGCGCCAUUAGCGUUCGACGGCGAUGGUCUUGCACUGGCGUUUAAAUAUUUCAACAGUAGCACCCUGACCAUGCGGCUGGCUGGUGUAGCGCAAAUUAAUGCUCUUAUAUCCACUCACAAUGAACUGUGUGCUGGGGAGCCAGCAGGUGAUGCGGAAUUAGCAGGACAGCAGUUGGCCACAUGGCUGACAAACAACAACAUCAUUGAACAUCUUUUUGGACCUAAUUUGCAUGUAGAGGUGAUAAAACAAUCGCAUAUGAUACUAAAGUUCCUCGCAAUGGAAGGCCGCGUAAAUCCGGAACACAUCGAGCUAGUAUGGGCGGCAGCGCAGCUUAAGCACUGCGGUCGACAAGUGUAUGAUUUGUUACCGGGAUUUAUUCGAGCACUCUCGCCCAAACCAUGUGCCCAUCUCUAUAGCCUUUUAUGCGCAUUGCCACCAAAGGAGCAUACUGAACAGAGUCUGUUCUUAGCGUCAGCUUUAAUGCGAGCUAUGUGGUCGCGCGGUGGGCUAGGUGGGCUGCCGAGUGCAUUAGGUGGUGCAGGUGCGGUGGGAGGAGCAGGUGCAGGCACGCCGCCAUUGGCCGACGAGGCGCCGCUACGUCAGCCGCCGCCCACCUGCAAGCCUAUACAUAACUCCUCAUCUGAAGCUAGCGUUUCCAUGGACCAGACUAACUCUGAUGACGAUCCUUGCGAGGAACUAAGCACAUCCGGCGAAGAAGCUGGCCCCACACCCAGGAAACAAAGUAAACAUCAACGUGAACUUACCGCGGAGCAAGAGUGGCUGCGCGAAGGCGAAGAACUGACGAAAAAGGAGUGCACUACGCUGAAAGCUUGCCAAAAACGCAGCAAGCGUGCCGGCAGCAGCGGCAGCGCAAGCAGUGGCGCCGAAGAGCUGCUGCGCCCGCGUAAAAAGAAGCUGUACAAGAAGCGGCACAAGCCUGGCAAGACAAGACAUUUCCCUACGCAGCUAAAAACAACUGAUCUCGCCGAGUCGGUAUCGGAAGUAGAAGAAGAAUCGUCUGGUAGUGACACCGCUCACUGCCAACUUCUUUGCGACAAUGUCGACGCACGGCGAUUAAUGGAACUGCGGCUAAUGGAGAGUUACAAACGUCGUGGCGGCGAAGAAGAGGAAGGAAGCGCGUCCUCCGCCAUUUCAGCGCACUCUCACCGACAUUUGCCUGAUUUAGACGAGGACGACUCCGCCUGUGAGGAGGAACUUGCGCGAUUAGCUGCACAGGCUCAAUGUCUAACUGAAUACCAAACACAAAGCGCUCUAGCGGGUGCACUGGAAGGCAAGCGUGUACGCCCACCGUCCCCCGCACCAGCGCCCCUUCCCUUUAACGUCGAUGAUGUUUGUCGACCGGGGAACACACUGCUUUGGGAUCUACUACAAGACGGUGCUAUUGAACAACUUGGCGAAGGGCUGGCCCUGGAAGCCGAAAAGGCGUUAUGCGCGUUGCUGUGUUUCAGUACAGAUAAAUUCAUCAGGAUAAAGUUCAUUGAAGGCUGUCUCGAUAAUCUUGCUAAUCAUAGAUCUGUAGCGGUGUCGCUUCGUCUUUUACCAAAACUAUUUUCAUCAUUUCAACAGUUACGCGGCAUGGAUAUGCAUCAAGUGGUCAUGUGGGCAGAGAGAGAACGCGGUAUGAUGCGUCUCUUUCUCGAAGAUUUACGGCACUACAUGUCCCAACCUCGAACGGGAACGGGCGAUGCAGCUCACUAUGCACAUAUAACUGAAUUAACAGUUAGACUGCAUUUUCUGACAGCUAUAUUCUCACCGGUCGGCUCUCCGCAACAUUUCAGAUUAACUGUAGAACAAGUAGAAGAACUCUGGCAAUGCCUUGUAGUAAAAGGAUCAGGCGAAUGCGCUGACUGCUUAUACUCAUGGUUGCUAUCUCACACGAAGUCUCCCGAACAACAUGCACUGGGUUUGGACGCUUUGAGGUUCCUGUAUGUUGAAAAAAUGCCCACUUUGGAUCCCGAGACAAUCAGCAUAAUGGGUCUCAGUCUCUAUCAGCAACUAUGCAACUUGGCUCGCAUGGCGCUCGGCACCGGCGAUUCUAGAGACUCCGCUCAUCCUCAUACGUUGGCAAUGGAUCAUUUGUGGAAAAUUGCUCUACGGGCCAAUAGCACAGAUGUUUCAAUGGGCGCGAUUCAAUAUCUAAACAGUUAUUAUAUGGGCCAGCAACUACAACAGGAGGACGAUUUCGUAUCCAAGUGUAUGUUCCAUCUCUCUUCCGCCGCCGAGCGACUCAUAUCGAAAGAGCAGGUUGGGGAAAGUUCUAUCAAGUUGACUUGUGAAGGCAAGAAGGAGGAUAAACUGAAUAUUUACGAACACAUGGCUGAAGAGGCUGCAUUGCAAUGUGUACAGAGAGCGCUGCUGCUGUUGAAAACGCAUUUAGAUACUUUUAAAAGGAGAUAUGCAUAUCACCUCCGUCGAUGGGCGCUGGUGGAAUCAGGAGCGUGGGAAGGAACACCAGGACCUGGAAGCGUGCGUUUAACACUUCAACCGGCUGGCGCGGGACCCAGAGCCACCAUCUCUUUACAUCACACUGAUCUCGUAGCUCAUUUGAGAGCUCAUGUUCAUGUUUGGUGGGAGAAACAGAUACAAGGUGAAGAAGGCGUAACAACGUUGUCUACAGAUGGCCCACUACGAAUGAUAACUCAAGGGCAAGAGCUCACGAUAGACUACGAUGAAAGGACACUUUAUGACAUGGGGUUUAAAGACAAUCAGUUGGUAUUUGUAUCAGUGGGUGUAGGCGGAAGAGGCGCGUGGGCGGAAUGGCCGUCAGCACAACCCGCGCCCGCCAGAACGAGAUUACCCACCCUGUUGCUACUCGACCCUACGUAUUUCCAUCAGCUGUUUACGCUGAUGCAGGCGUUAGGGCAGAUGAAAGAGCCUGGGGCAAAUGCGGAACCAGUGGCCCAUACGAAAGCACAACUGCUUUCCAGACGCGUUUGGGAUAUUUUGCAAGCAGUACCUCUAAACCCCACUCUACUCGAAGCCUUUCAGAACCCCAUAGAGAGCAAACUACCAGAAUUACUUGAUCCUAACAGUCCCCAGAAACUGAUGUAUUCGCUACACAUAAUCGACAAGUUGAGCUCAAGUAAUAGUGGCCCAAACGUAAAGGAAACAUCGGAGAACGAAAAGAGUGAAGAAGAAAAAGUAGGCGCUGAGACUUGGAACGAUUUGUUUAUCAAGAAAGGUGGUUUGAGGCUGCUUUACGAUAUUAUGAUGUCGGGUGAACUACAGCGCAGUGAUGAUAGCGAGUGGCGGCAAGACUGCCUCGCCUUGUUGUUGCAGCUUUUAUGUCGAAUAGGCACUCUGCAUUCUUCAGAUCCAGCACAAACACCAAAAUUACAUCCUUCAUUACUAUCGUUAAUGAGCGUGGAAGAGACAACAGAGCGACUCAUCUCAAUCUUGUGUGAAGCAGCUACAAAUAAGGAGCCAACCACUUAUAAGACUGGUUUUUGGGGACGCGCCCAGGUAGUGCAACACGCAAUGCGUAUGUGCGUGCUAUGGGCGCGCGGCGGCGGCGACGCCGUCUCGUUGGCAUGGUCGCUGCGCAGGGCGGCACCCAGGCUGCUUUUGGACGAUGCUGACCCAGCGGUUCGUCGUGAAGCAGGCAGCGCCCUCUACAGAUUAUGCUCUGGCGGUGAGGUCGCUGUGCUGGCGCCGCUGCUUCAACUAUUGCUUGAACAUCUGCCACGGGCGGCGGAUAUGAGGCCACACCAUGGACAUCAUCACCAACACCAUCAUGAGGUCGUCCACCACCAUACAGAAGAAGGAAAAGAACCGUAUGGCCCAGCGUGUCGCGAUUACUUUUGGCUAGUGUGUAGAUUGAUAGACGGGUUACCAGAGGAUUUUUUCAAAGAGGGAGCCACAUCCGAAGAUAGUGGAGCUCCAGACCUCAACGAACUGUGCGAACAAAUUCGUUCUUCGUUAGAAAAGCGAGAGAUCAUCGAAAGGCGGUCGGAACCGUGUACGCCCGAUGAUGGACUUUAUGGCCAGCUCAGUCUGCUUACGCAUUUAUUAAAACACCCGUUAAGAUUUAAGACUUCAGAACCGGGGACCAGGACGUUAGAAAUGGUUUUCGGUUUUCUGUUCGAUGUUCCUAACCCAGAGAAGCGCAAUCUUCCUAAGUGCAAAUCUCAAAAAUCCCGAGCGGCGGCCUAUGAUCUCCUCGUGGAACUUGUCAGAGGAGCACCGGACAACUAUAUGGUACUAUACCACAAACUUAUGGAACAUCAUAAGCCUGGUCCUCAAUCAUCGUACCCUUGGGAUUACUGGCCUGCCGAGGAAUCUCGAUCAGAGUGCGGAUACGUAGGUCUGACAAAUCUCGGUGCAACAUGUUACAUGGCGUCGUGUAUGCAACACCUGUACAUGAUGCCGGGCGCCCGCGCCGCUGUAUUAGCUGCCGACCCGGCUGCGAGUCGACAUUCCGCUACGUUACAUGAAAUGCAGAGGAUGUUUGCUUAUCUUAUGGAAAGCGAACGUAAAGCGUACAACCCUCGCAGCUUCUGCAAAGUGUAUCAAAUGGACCACCAACCACUGAAUACGGGCGAACAGAAAGAUAUGGCGGAAUUCUUCAUCGAUCUCGUCUCCAAACUUGAAGAGAUGACGCCUGAGCUGAAGAAACUUGUAAAGACGCUGUUUUGUGGCGUGCUUAGCAAUAAUGUUGUAUCUUUGGAUUGCCCUCACGUAUCUCGAACGCUGGAAGAGUUCUAUACAGUAAGGUGUCAAGUGGCAGAUAUGAGAAAUCUUCAUCAAAGUUUAGAUGAAGUCACCGUCAAAGAUACGUUAGAGGGAGACAAUUGUUAUACGUGUUCACAGUGUGCCAAUAAAGUGCGCGCUGAGAAGCGGGCAUGUUUCAAAAAGCUUCCACGUAUCCUGUGCUUUAACACGAUGCGGUACACAUUCAACAUGUUGACGAUGCUCAAGGAAAAGGUCAACACACAUUUCUCAUUCCCCAUGCGACUAGACAUGUCUGGAUAUGUCGAAAAACAUUUGAUGCCUGCCCAGUACCAAGAAGAGAAGACGAAAUUAGAGGAAGAUCGAAAAAAGAGAGCAGAAGAGGGAGAAGAAGGUGAAAACACGGGUAUUGAAGAAGAAACCUCUGAGGUAGAAGAACAUUAUGAAUACGAGUUAAUAGGUGUAACAGUACAUACGGGCACGGCGGAUGGCGGGCAUUACUACUCGUUCAUCCGCGACCGCGAGCAUGAGCACCACGACCGCUGGCUACUCUUUAACGACUCCGAGGUCAAGCCCUUCGAUCCAGCGCACAUCGCCGCCGAGUGCUUCGGUGGAGAGAUGACGAGUAAAACAUAUGACUCUGUGACGGAUAAGUUCAUGGACUUCUCAUUCGAGAAGACGAACAGCGCAUACAUGUUAUUCUACGAACUUACGCAGCCGCGUAGUCAGCGAGGGUCUGAUUGUGGACAGCAAGAGGAGGCACAGUCAUCGACAGCGGAAGAAAGCCCUAGUUCAUCGAUGGAGCGGCGGAGCAGUGACACAACUACAAUCGAACUACCACCAGAGUUGCUCAAGUGGAUAUGGGACGACAACAUGCAGUUCUUGCACGACAAGAAUAUAUUUCAGCACGCGUAUUUCACAUUCAUGGGUCAAAUGUGCAGUUCAGUACCACAGUCGUUGCUAACUCUCCGGCCUGAAAUCACCGAGGUUGCCGCGAGACUUUCGACAUCGUUUUUCAUCGAAACUUUCAUACACGCAAAGGAGAAGCCCACAAUGGUAUCAUGGGUUGAAUUGGUAACGAAACAGUUCAACGCCUCUGCGGCGGCAUCAGAGUGGUUCCUCGGCCACAUGGCUGAUGACACGUGGUGGCCGAUGCAGGUUUUAAUAAAGUGUCCCAAUCAAAUGGUUCGCCAGAUGUUCCAGAGACUUUGUAUGCACGUCAUACAGAGGCUUAGAUCUAGUCAUUGUGCCUUAUACCUGCAGGGUAUGGAGGAGGGGAGCGAGGAUAAUAGCAAUUUGGGCGAAGCGAGUUGUGUUACUAGGUUUAUAAGGAUGUUGUUAUCGUUGAUGGAGAAUGGCGCACGACAGCACUUACGGCAUUUGACGGAAUACUUCAGCUUACUAUACGAGUUCAGUAAAAUGGGUGAAGAGGAAGGCAAGUUUAUGCUGCGGAUCAAUGCUAUCUCAAGCAUGGUGAACUUUUAUUUGGGCCAGAACUCUUCUACGGCUGAAUCACCAACGGAUGAAGCGAGCGGUAGUGGAAGCGGGAGCGCAAACACCGAAAGCGCGGGCGAUAAACUGCGGCCCGGCGCGUUAGACAAAAUGGUCGCUUUGGUCGCCGGGUUGGUAGAACGGUCGAGGGAUACUAGUGGACAUCUGGCCUUGCAGCCCGCCGAUGGCAAAGCUUUGUUACAUGCCAAAGGUUUUCCAUUUAUCUACCAACAAACACGCGACUGCCUAAAUCUGCAACAGACGAGGUCGCUAGUAUUUGCGCUGUGCAGGUGGAAUGAACCACUGGCGCAGAAGAUUGUAGGCAUGAUUUUUCAAGCUAUUGCUAAACAUUCAGAGAGCUGCGCUCCAUUUUUUAAACUGCUAACGCUGUUGGUGGAAGGCAGCGGGUGCGGCGCAGGCGCGACAGGUGGACUGCCGUGUUUCACGCAGCUCGUACUAGCUAGACUUUGGGACGUCGCUGACGUCUGUCCCCAUGCUGCGCUUGAGUGGCUUGCUUUGCAGGUUCCUAGAAAUAAGGCGGCUCACGCAUGGGCACUUAGAACAGCUGACCGGUGGGUGGAGCAACAACUUUUAGCGGCUAGUGCAGCGCGGGUCAGGGCCGCAGCGGCGUUGCUGCUUGUCGCGUUGGUGCCGUCGCAGCACUUCCGCGCGGGCUAUGCAAGGGCGCGCCCGCAACCAGCGCCGCACCAUUUGGCUAAACUACCCGAUACUGCGCAUCAUACGUUACACCAAGUGUACACAAUGUUGUUGGGCAAACUAAAAGCAGCACGGAAGUACACCGACAUUGCAGUACAUGGUACCAUGAAGUUGACGGCGUACUUUGGUGUUAUGUCAUACUGUGUUGUAAGCAGGGUGGAAAAACUUAUGCUAAUAAAAACAAAAAUUGAUCGCAGAGCCGACCACGAAGACGGCGAGGUGGUAGCAUAUAAUCGCGCCAUGCUGCCUCCGUACUACGCGUUACUGCGACUGAUGUGCCGGCGAUCGGCGGCGUUCGCACGUUCGCUCGCCCAGCACCAGAAUAUCCACUGGGCCUUUCGCAAUAUCGCGCCGCAUGCGCAUCUCUAUCCCGGCGCUGCUGAUGAGCUGCUUAAACUAGCUCGUAUUCUUGCGGCGCGCGGUGGGAACGGCAACGGAAACAGCAACAGCGGCACCGGCAGCAACGCGACCGAGAAUACCGACGGUAGAGAGGCUGCGGCCUUCCGUCGGAGUACGCUUUCGGCUUAUUUACAAGGUUUAAACGGCAGGACCUGUUGGACGACGCUGAUAUCUGCAUUUUGUACGCUAGUCGAGAACGAGGACGAUAGGUUGUAUGUUGUAUAUAAUGGAGGACUACAAAUGACCUUUGAGGCUUUGCACAGUCUUCACGCUGUGUACGUUGAAGGCGGUGGCGGUGGCGCAGGCGCAAGCACAGUCCGCGCGGAAUUAACAGCGGCAUUACGAUGGGCGCGAGCUUUAUUGCGGACUCUGCGAACUCGCAGAGAUGCGAAGGAAGCAAGGGCGUUGCUACUCGCGUGCAAGGAUUGGCCUGAGUGCGCGAGGCGGCUUUUGACGGUGUUGAAUCUGCAGAGGCAUACGCACACGUGUCUACACGCUUUAGGAGUCCUUCGGGAGUUGGUGAUGAUCGGCGGCGGCGCGGCCCUGGCGGCACUGGUGCCCCUCGCGGCGGGGGCCCACUGCGCGGCGCGCGGCGCGGCGAGGCCACGGGCGCGGGCGCACCUGCACGGCUGCGCACCGAGGCACCCGCCCGGGCCGCCGCUCGCGCCUGUCUACAGGCCCUACCACAAGUUCAUAGACACGUGCUGCCGGGUGGCGCGCGCGCAGCGUUGCAUGUCCGAACAAUUGGUGCUGCUGUCGACUUUGUGUGCUUUGGAGGCCGUGCCGCUUAGGUUCAACUACUUUGCCGCCUUCUGGCGCGACGUCGCCGAGUCACCGGCUGAUGCAAAGAUGGAAGAAAUGCUGCUGGAAUGCAGUGUGGUGACGGAAUAUGUGGACGCAAUAUUGCUGGACGAACGCGAGUCGUUGGAGGAUCCGGCCAUCUUCCAAUUCAUGCAACAUUAUUAUCCAAAGCUGGCCGGUGGCGGCGCGGCUGGCGCCCUAGACCCGUUAUCAGAAGAAUUGUGCAGCUCAGCGUCUAGAGCGCCGUUGAACACGCUAUUGGGCCCUGUGAGAGCAUUACUGAUAUUGUCGUCUCGAGGGCGAUUGUCGCCUAAUGCGGCGAGGGCCAUGCAGAGGGCUGCGCUGACGUUGCAGCAACGACUGCAGCAUCGGACGGAGGAGGACACGUCUGAGCCCGAAACACCAACCGAGCCAGCGACCGAAGCUGCUCGAUGUCAUACGCCCGAAGGCAGCUCCGCGGACGAACAACCCGACGAACUAGGUCAUUCUGACCAAUCGGAAGAUGAAAACCGGACACUACGCCCUUCAGAAUUGCGUGCGUUAUUAAGCACUGCGGCGCAGGACUUGACCGCCGCUGCAGCUGCCCAUACACACACGCCAGACUCAUAGGACAUAUUUCAAUAUUUACUGUGGGCUAUCGAUCUUUGACGAUUAGUGCUCAUUGUGUGUGAUAUCAUCGCGUGUGUCUUCGUGCUCGCAGGAUCUGUAUUGAUAUUUUAUACUGAAUAGCUUGUAACACUUUGAUAGUAGAGUUCAUUCACUUAGCUUUUAAAUCGGGGAGUUUCAUAUUCAAACAAGAUUUUCUGUAUACUAACUAAGGGAAUUUGCAGAUCACAAUAAUAUUUAACAAGAGAAUAAGCCUAAAUUGCGUUGACAUACCAGGUGCAUUGUAUUAGUAUUGCUCUAGAGGACCGAUUUGAAGCAGAAUCCAUUGUCUAAUUGAUAUUUAUUCUCCACAAAUAAACUUUCUCUUUUUUGUUUCUAGGAGAUACCUAAAAAUUUAAAAAAGGAAUAAUACUAAUUAGAUGAAGUGAAAAUGGUAUUUUGUAAAGCUAAGGUCAACAACAACAAUAUAUGGAGAAUGUCAGUGGUGUAAUAAAAAACACUAACUCCCAAAGCAGUUUUUUGUGGAAUUAAAAAAUCACUCUGGGGUCUCGUAUUUGUUCAUUUGGAAUACUAAUUUCCUCGAUCACGGAGGUUAUCGUGUAAUUACAUAAUAAAAUAAAUCACAUUUGUGUCUUAAAAUAAUAUGUCGCACAUGACAACUAAUAGUAUUAUCAUAGUAUCAUCUCAAAACGGCUUUAAGUUAUAUUAAUAUUACCUAUUUAGUUUCAAAGCGACAGUGUUGUCCUGUCACUUUGAAAUUAAAUCGUAUGUGAAUGACACGUCAUUACAGCAGAAAUUUUGC